AGUCCUCGCCCAUUCUUAGUUUCACUGAGUGCACGGGCUUGUUCACGAGUGCAACAUACACCUCGUAACGUGAGGAGCUAUUGUGUACUGUUCGCCAAGGUACCUGGAUUAUACACAGUGAUAAUUGCAAAAAGGGUUAAUCUGCGCGGAGUGAAAAGUAAUAGUCAGGGAAACAUAAAGUAUCAGAACAAAAGAAUGGGUUUUUUAGGCAUGUGGCAAAACAGGCGAGACGGCGGUUGGUGUUUUCAUCUGUCUUGGUUCGGCUGCCUCCUGUUGAUGAUAAUGCUUGCCCUUGCUCCGAGGACCUCCGCGAGGGUCGUUCGGAGGUCUGAGUCGUCGUCGCCGUCUGAGGAAUACUGGGAAAUCAGCAUCAGUAACAACGACUACAUUCCCAUCAACAAUCGGAUCAACUCGUCUGAAUUGUUCUUGAGCAACAUGAACUUCAACUACCCCAACGUCCCCACCGAUCUCUCCACGAAUAUCGCGCUCGACUCGAACCACGGCUACGAUGACGACAGGGUGAACACGUCAACCUACAGCUACAGCCACGGUCGCAUUUUGUUCAUUCCCAUUGGGGCCAUCGUCUUCCUGAUCAGCCUGUGUCUCCGCAUGUGCAUUUGCAGCGCAAGGAAGCCCGCCCCCACUACGAUAACUGUCGUCAGGAGAACCGUCGUCAUCCCCGUGGUAGGGCGUCCGGACGCCGAGGAGGGCACUGACCAGCCCCCUUCGUACGCAGACGUGCAGAAGGAAGACCCUCCUCCUCCUUACUCUGAAGUGUCUUCCCCUGCCGCUCCACACACUGCGCCGGAGGCUAGAGAACAACCCACUACCUCAAACGCAGAGGGGGGCGCCGAUCAGACCUCGACCGCUGCUACGCCCUCCGCUCCAGAAGGGACGUUUGCGACAAACGCGUUCUCAGGGCGCCCCAGGUUCCUUCAGUCACAGUACUCGUACAAGCCCCUCGAGUAGAGCACGACUUCUAGUCACGACUUAUCACCAUGCCAAAAUCUAAAACGGGGUGUGGCUGCUUGUUCAUGACGUCAUUUGGAGAUUUUUUUUUUUGGCUCGAGGCGAACUGUGCUCCUCCGUGUGGUAGAAAAUUAAAGAGGAUAAAGAGUUUUAUCACAAAAGGAAUGAUCAGAGACGGAAAGGGGGCAGAUCUUUAGAAGAAGAAAACAACAACGAGAUAUACAAAGGGUGAAACAGAAAGAGAGAGAGAGAAAACGGAAGUGAGGAAACGAUAUACACCAGACUGGCCCGUGGGGUGAAUCUGCCUACCACGUCUGGCUCUUGAGCUGGCAACACUCGUCUCGUGCACUCGUCUGCAGGUGUAUGCAACUUGGGACGAAGUGGACAGAAAUUCUAGCCCUUCUUCCCACGCUAAAUAAUUACAUAAGAAACCGAAAUAAUCUGGAAAAAAAAGACCAAAUCUUUCUCUCAAAUUUUUGGAAUAUUGUCUUAAAAUGGUUUGAAAAAAGAUGCAAAAGGGAACAAACAAUCACGUGAUGUAACCUGACUGCUUGCCUUGCCUGCGAGAGAGAGAGAGAGGGGGGAGGGGAGGGGGGGAUCUUCCGACACUUGCAAGAAUGUUGCAACAGACCGCGCCAAAUUCCUUGCAACCAUCUGCGCGGUGUGGCUGUUCCCUUUGGGUGGUGUUUGUUGGUGUUUUUGAAGUACUUAGGCCUUAGGUGCUAAACAUGAUAAAUAAGGUUGGAUAUUAGAGUAUAAAAGGAAUGAGUGAGAUUGUGAGUAAUCAAACUAGCAGUUUAGUUUGUUAAAACCUUGUAUUGUUCUUGUUUAAUCGUCAACACAGUCGGUUCUGUGAUCCUUUCCUUGUGAUAUGUGAUUGGUGUAGUUUUUUUCUUUCUUUUUUUCCCAAUGAAUCGAUGUUUAGUGAUUUUUUCCUUCUUUCUGUCUUUCCAGUGUAGAAUGGCUGCAUUGUAGCAGACCAGGUAUUCUUUAAAUGUACUUUCUUGUUGUGUUCGUUGUGUAUGUAUAACGAAAAGUAAAGGGGUUGAGUAGCUUGCAAAAAUUUGGUUCAGUAAAGUAUAAAAAGAACCUUUUAUUUUUUACGUCCUGAGUAUUUGUUAUUUUUUUUCCUUUCUUUUCUUUUUUCUUUUUUCAUCAAUAUCACCACAUAUUCUUCAUUUCACGUUCCCGUUUUCUACCACAUCAUUUCCAUUUUCCAUUUUCUGUCAUACACAAAAAAAAAAAAAAAAAAAAAAAUUUGUGUCGUGUAUUCAUUCGUUAAACGAUUGUGAUAAUUGGUCGUAAGGAUCGCAAAAGAACUAUUGCUAGUUUUGUGUUUUUGUCUACUUAAGGCAAAUAGGAAAGAAAAACUAAGAAAAAAAAAUGUUCCGUUGUAUGGAGCAAAGAGUGAAGUGAAGUGAACAUUUAAACUUAUUUUUUGCUUCUGGAUUCUUGUUUAUACAUAUUUUUUAUAACAUGUGUUUUUUUAUGAGGCUUAAUUCGUGUGGAUAAUAUUGAAGCGAUAUAUAUAUAUAUAUAUAUAUAUAUAUAUAUAUAUAUAUAUAUAUAUA